AUGGAGGAGAAGGACUUGCAAUCCGUUGAGUAUUUUGUGAAGAGGGAGGUUCUGGAUGAGUUAUGCCUGGAUGAAGUGGCUCAAAAAGAGACCUGGUCCACUAAACUGACACUGGGUGAUCAGGUGAAAGAGCCCCUGAGAUGUUCGGUGCCCAGGCUGAAACACAUACUUCUAACCUGGGUCCCUGUUCUCAGCUGGUUGCCUCGUUACUCCAUCAGAGAAAAUGCCUUAGGAGACCUGAUUUCUGGCUGCAGUGUCGGCAUCAUGCAUCUGCCGCAGGGCAUGGCAUAUGCUCUUCUGGCUUCCCUGCGACCAGUGUAUGGCCUUUACACCUCCCUCUUCCCAGUGCUGGUCUACUUCAUCUUCGGUACAUCGAGACACAUUUCUAUAGGUACAUUUGCUGUGAUCAGCAUCAUGGUCGGGAGUGUGACAGAAAGGCUGGCACCUGACAGUAACUUUAUUGUGAAUGGCACUAAUGGGACGGAAACUGUGGACAUCGAUAAACGCGAUGCUUACAGAGUACAGGUGGCAUGUUCCCUCACAGUCUUGACAGGAAUCUUUCAGAUUCUGUUGGGUGUGGUGAGGUUUGGCUUCGUGGUCACCUACCUCUCUGAGCCCCUCAUUCGUGGCUACACCACAGGAUCGGCAUGCCACGUGUGUGUCUCCCAGCUCAAGUACCUGUUUGGAAUCACACCGUCUCGCUUCACUGGCCCCCUCUCCCUCAUUUAUACUGUGUUGGACAUUUGCAGCCUGCUGCCGCAGACUCAGGUGCCAGAGCUGGUGGUUAGCCUGGUGGCACUCGCUGUUCUCAUUGUGGUCAAAGAAAUCAAUGACUGCUACCGACAGAAGCUGCCGUUGCCUAUUCCAAUAGAGCUCGUAGUUGUCAUAGCAGCAACAAUCAUUACACAUUUCUGUGAACUUCCUAGUAAAUACAACAUUGACGUGGUUGGAGAAAUUCCCAGUGGGCUCAAGGCCCCUCGUGCUCCAGAUACCACUUUCUUCUCAGGCGUUAUAGGAGAUGCUUUUGCUGUGGCCAUUGUGGGCUUUGCCAUCAACAUUUCUCUGAGCAAAACAUUUGGCCUCAAAUAUGGCUACAAGGUGGACAGCAACCAGGAGCUCGUCGCGUUGGGUCUCAGUAACACUAUUGGUGGAUUUUUUCAUUGUUACUCUGUAACUUCCUCGUUGUCACGGAGUCUUGUCCAGGAGAGCACAGGGGGCAAGACACAAGUUGCGGGGGUGAUUUCCUCCAUCAUUGUGCUGAUCACAGUUUUGAAAAUAGGUCCUCUCUUUGAAGAUCUCCCCAAGGCCGUCUUAUCCACAAUCGUGUUUGUGAACUUGAAAGGAAUGUUUAAGCAGUUUAUGGAUGUCUCUUUGCUGUGGAAGACCAACAAGGUUGACUUGCUGGUGUGGCUUGUAACAUUCAUAAGCACCAUCGUGCUCAACUUGGACCUGGGCCUGGCUGUCUCCGUUGCGUUUUCCAUGCUUACUUUCAUCUUCAGAACACAACUACCACGUUACUCAAUCUUGGGCAACUUACCAGGCACUGAACUUUAUCUGGACACAGACACCUACAAGGAGGCAAAAGAGAUUCCUGGAAUUAAAAUCUUCCGUUCAUCUGCAACUAUCUACUACACAAAUGCCGAGAUGUUCUUGGAGGUCCUGCAGGAGAAGACUGGAAUCGAGAUUGGGAAGCUGCUAUCAGCAAAGAAGAAACGAGAUGCAAAGCAGAAGCGUAGACAAGAGAAAGAGAAAAAGAAAACCAAGAAGGAGGCAAAAAAACAAGAGUCCCAGAUGAACAUAGAAACUGUCUCUGAAAGAACAAAAGGAGAGAGAAACGGGAAUAGUGUGGACUUUAGCAUGACAGAAACAGCUACAGAUGGCCUUCAUAAAGGCCAAAUGAACUUGGCUUAUGAACCUGACAUAACCAUGUCAGAUUCAGACUCAGCCACAGGUUCUGACCACAUCACAGAGUUUUCUCGGCACGGCGAUGAAGAGAAAAAACGGGCCUGCAAAUCGGGCACGCACAGCAUCAUCUUGGACAUUUCCACAACCAGCUUUGUGGACACAGUCACUGUGAAGACACUGAAAAAUAUUUUCAGGGACUUUGGAGAAGUUGAUUUGGACAUCUACUUAGCAGGCUGCCAAGCUUGUGUCGUGGAACAGCUGGAAGCAGCGGAUUUCUUCUCAGCCUCCAUCCCAAAGAGCCGGCUGUUUAUCACCGUCCACGAUGCAGUGCUUUAUAUUCGCAAAAAACAGUGGAAGGCUUAUUUUGUGCUUGAUGUGUCCCGCAACACCCAGAUGUGA